GAGAAGAAGCAGGAGGAGGAACCAUGAUCGACCUGAGCCACCUGACGGAGGAGGAACAGGGGAAGAUAAUGACGGUGCUGAGGAGGGACGCUGAGCUGAAGAAGGCCGAGGAGGAGAGAAUAAGGAAGCUGGAGAAAAUACUUCACAGCGACCCGCAGACGGACACCAACCUCAAGUACAUGACGGGGGAGUGGUUUUACGAGGCCAAGUCCCUCAGACACCAGGACAAGAUCCACGGCUCGGAGAUCAUCCUGGCCUCCAUGAAACAAGGGAAGGCGGUUGGUUUAGAUGGAUCCCUUCGACUUGACAGAUCCAAGGCGCUCAGCAGUCGAGGUUCAGACCUUGUUCCUCCAAUGAAACCUGCCAGAU